GGACAGUUAAUCAAGGAGGAAAGUAAUAAAUAAGAAUCAAUAUGGCAUCCUCCUUGAGAGGUUGCAUCACUAAAAUAUGGAAUGUUGCAUCCCAGAUGACAGGUGGAUUGAAGUCUCCGAUGCAGAUGAGAUGUAUUUCAGUCUUUCCCACAAGUUCAUCUUAUCUACGGCUAGGACAGUCACCACAAUCAGCUGUCCACAGGACUAUCCAGCCCCACACCACAAACUUCUCAACACUGUGUUCACAGCCAGCACAAACUACAUGUAAUACCAGGCUUUUAGAGAAUUUUGGAUCCUGUAAGUACUUAACGCCAUGCCGUACUAAUGUGAGGUUCAGCUACAAUAAAGGGAAGCCAAAGAGUGUGAAAUCGAUUACAGAAAGAUUCCUUCGUCUCCACUGGGGGAUUUGGAUUCGCCCGAGAGCAGGAAGACAAAAGAAGCUGUGGAAAAAGUCGAUGGAAAGAAAGCGCCGACUGAGAUAUCAUGUGUUCUGUAACCGACAACAGUCAAGGCUCUUUGAUAAGAUGGUCACCAAGUGUUGGAAAGAACCUAAAUAUUACGUUGACAGUCCUUACGAAGGCUAUCAAAAACGAACAAACAUGCAGAAAUAUUAUCCAGAGAGGCCACCCUUUUUGCCUUAAAUCUCCUCAAUGUUGUUCCAUCAUAUAAACAUUUUAAAUAUGUGUGACAAUAAUGUGAUUUAUUGUGUUUGUAAUCAUUAACUCAGUACUAAACAUUUAGAUACUU